UCCUUAGUAACGUGGCUAAUAAGCAGAUAGGUCCAUAUGAGGUACCUCCUUAGAUACCUAGGUACAUUCCUUCGAUUCCCAGCUGUUCCGAGCUAAGAAUGAUUAAUCCCCCCUGAUCCCCGUUCCAUGUGCAAACUCGACCCCUAAAUCUGUCUCGCGUUUUCUCAUUAGUGGUCGACAAGACGUCGACAAUCGCGCUCGACUACACUAAGCGCAGCACGAAUAAUCUUGGCAACUUAUUUCGCAACCAACUUUUUACGUCAAGUAGAUAACAACAUGCCUCAUUGCACAGUUUGUGCUCUCCAGCUUCAUUGUUGCAUCCGCAUAUAAUCUAUAAGUGUAGCUUUAGCUUCAUCACCGAAAAUCACCCCAUUCGCAACCAACGAUGACCAUCACCUUGAGCAAUCAUGGACGAUCCCUGGGGCUCGCCUUGGGCACUACCAGAAACAACAGCCAAGAAUGACCCUCCGACAUCAUCACCUCCGAAAAAUCUACUAAGUCCACCCCCAAGAGCCUUCUUCGGUAGCGCAUCAAACUUCCAAAGCCAUUCUCCAUGGACGACUGAAGGUGGACUCGGCGAUUGGACUGGUACAGAGCAGGCCGAUGUUGCAGCAAACGCUGUAGAUUGGGGAGUAUGGGCAGAGCCAUCUUCGCUGAUUUCCCAGUCAAGUCCGAGGCCAGACGAAUUCGGGAAAAGGAGUUCGGUUACAUUACCGAGCAGCGCCGCGACAUCUCCAGGGCUAAGACCACUCCCGCGAUCUCGAACUUCUUCCGUGUACCGUCAUCACUCGCCAGAUCCAUGGGCGACCGAAGUAUCGCUACACGAUAGGAAGGACGACUCUUUAACGCCUUUGAACGCACUAGGGAUCAGCAACGUAGAUUCUCAGCAUGAGUUGAGCAAUACCUCCGCGCUGGCAGUACCAAAGCAGGAUACCGUAGAUAUCCAAGAAACAAGGGAGGAUAAUACCAAACUAAAGGAGGAAAGUGAACAGACUCCAGCUGAAGGAUUACAAGUAUGGGAAUUACCAUCACCGUCGUCAGACACCCAAAAACGUCAAGACCAGGGGUUUGAUUCAGCUCCUAAAAUCGACAUUCAGGAUGCUCUAUCCAGACCACCAUCUCCAAUCUCGCUCAAUAGCUCUGAUGGGUUGGACCAUCAGGACUCUCCGAUUACGUCCAUAGACGAAGAUGCUAGGUCACGCCUUAAGAAUAGCUCUAGGAAAUUUUCAGGCAAGGUCCAGGAGCUUGUAGGAAUGUAUGAUUGCUUGGCCAAAAUUCCUACAGAAGAGCCAUCUGCAUCAACACGACUUGAACCACCAAAUGGAGAGAAUCGAAAGAGGUCGAGAUCACCAAGUCAUAUCAGAAACAUGGACGAAGAUACUGAUUUUGGCGACUUUGAAAACGUGCGGAGUGAAGAUGGCGAACCAGCUUUCGAUCCAAACACUCCACUGGCUGCUCCCAAAAGAUUAUAUACGCCCACACCUCAGUCCGAAGACACCUCUACCAAGGACCACAUCAGUGAGCCCUUGGAGCGCGAUACCGCAUCAGCAACAACUGUCUCUGUACCGGUUCAGCAGCUUAUUGAAAAGUUCGGCCCUAUACAGUUCGAUGUUGACUUCCAAUUGGUUGAUAAGCUCUUUCCAGACCUUGCCCAGGGUUUAGAGGAUGGGAAUGCAAGAGAGAGCAGCGAUGUCCCAGAUCAAAUCAUUAGGGAUAGCUUCACGACAAUAUCAGAGCGUAAAACUUGGUACCGUGUCUCCCGGUAUGGGUCGAUGCGUAAGCAUGACUUAGGAGAUGAUGAUAAUUACCACAGAGUAGAAUGGCCGACAUCCCGUCUGCACGGCGAUGUCAUAAAAAUCGUUAGAGGAUGGAUGGAGGAAGAUUCGAUAUCUGGACGGGUUACACUUGGGGCUGGUAUACGGGCAAGUGUCUUUAACUGGGAUUCUUCUGCGGCACCUGUCGACCUAGGUAAAGUAUUUUCCCGCAAGGUGUCUACCACGCACUCGCGAAAUACUUCGCUGCCGGCAGUAAAUCACAGCUUGGAACAGCCGACGCAUUCAGCGAGUUCUCAUUCUAAAGCGAUAUCAAUAAAAAGUCCGAUCAAGCCCCCCGAUAUGACCUCCAAAUCUCGACCAGCUUCCAUUCCCGGUUUCAACUGGAGCUCAAAUACUAAGUCGCCUCCUAUUACGUAUUCAAUCGCCAACAACAACGGUGGUGACCACGUAAGCUCUACACACCGGACCAUAUCAGCGACCGCUGUAGCUGAGACUACAAUCCAUACCGUGAUUCAAACGCCAGUACAGCUAAAUCAAGGCGAGGCUAAUGAGGAGAAUGAAGAAGAUGACUGGGGCGAAAUGGUGUCGUCGCCUCGGAUAGAAUCUCAUCAUGGCUCCACUCUUAUGAUACAGUCGACAAGCAACACGAAUAGCGCUCCCUUGACUUCAGCUAACAGUGCCGCUAACACACCUACGAUCGACACAAGGGGUAUAUCAAUGGCCCAAAGCAGCAGUUCAAUGUCCAAACCUUCUAUUUCGACACCCAAAAAUACCCCGCCUCCAGUACAAAUUUCUAAUCGGCCAGCAUCCUUGACUGUGAAAACACCAAAAAUAGACCCAUGGCCUACCGCAGAUUUCUCUACAUUCGAAGGUGUUUCCACACAGACGCCAAAAUCGUCGAGACAAGAUACUUGGCCCUUUGCCGAUUUCUCGGUUUUCGAAUCGCCAGCAUUGGGAUCAACGCCAGCUUUGGUGCAUUCUCCAAUUUCGAAGUCAAGGUUUAGUUUAGAUUCCCACGACAGGAGUACCACUCAGGCGAGCAUGAACGAGGUCAAAAAGCCUAGAGCCCCCUUGAAAGCUGUGCUUGGUCCGAUUGAGCAUAAGACAGACAAGCGAGACCAGGAGAACGUUGUUAAGAGUAUUGUACAAAACCUACCCGAUCUAUCAUAUAUGCUGCGUUAGCUCGUUACUGGACGAGUUUAUUUGUGCUUGGGUAUUACACGGAGUUUGCAAUAGCGAUAGCUGAUGAUUCAGUCGUGGGAUAGUUUAUCGGGUCGUUUCGAAGCCUCGAUGCUUGGAGUAGACA